CCGGUUAGCGCAUGCGCAAGCAGACCUAACAACAAGCGAUCGGUUGUGAGAUUCUGGUAAUAUGGGCAUAGCUUUGGUAUUUUAAUGCUUCGGAUAACGUAGAGUCAAAUGAACAAAGGCUUGAAAAUAUUUUACUGUUACUAUACGUGCACUGUAAUUGCAUUUCGGCCUUAUCACUAUGCCGAGCCAUAAGGUUGAGAAGCAGGAGGUCAGCGAUAACGUUAAGGUCGUGGUGAGAUGUCGUCCCCUCAACCAGAAAGAGACGACGAUGGGCCACAAACAGGCCGUCAUAGUGGAUGAGAUGCGUGGGACCAUCACAGUCAACAAGCUUGAGACCCCCCACGAACCUCCCAAGACCUUUACUUUUGACACUGUUUUUGGUCCUGACAGUAAACAGCUGGAUGUCUACAAUCUCACAGCCCGCCCCAUCAUUGACUCAGUGUUAGAGGGUUACAAUGGCACAAUCUUUGCAUAUGGGCAGACUGGCACAGGAAAAACUUUCACAAUGGAGGGUGUGAGAGCGGUGCCAGGGCUCAGAGGGAUAAUCCCAAAUUCCUUUGCUCAUAUUUUUGGGCACAUUGCCAAGGCAGAGGGUGACACAAGGUUUUUAGUUCGUGUUUCAUACCUGGAGAUUUACAACGAAGAGGUGCGGGAUUUGUUGGGAAAGGACCAGCUGCAGAGGCUAGAGGUGAAAGAAAGACCAGAUGUUGGCGUGUACAUAAAAGACCUGUCUGGUUACGUCGUGAACAAUGCUGAUGACAUGGACAGGAUCAUGACACUGGGCCACAAAAACCGGUCUGUUGGAGCCACAAACAUGAAUGAACAUAGCUCGCGCUCUCAUGCUAUCUUUACCAUCACCAUCGAGUGCAGCGAGAAGGGCGUAGACGGCAACCAGCAUGUGCGCAUGGGAAAACUUCAUCUGGUUGACCUUGCGGGCUCAGAAAGACAGGGCAAGACUGGAGCCACAGGUCAGCGUUUAAAGGAAGCAACAAAGAUAAAUCUGUCUCUCUCCACGCUGGGUAAUGUCAUCUCAGCCCUGGUGGAUGGCAAGAGCACUCACGUUCCCUACAGGAACUCAAAACUGACCCGACUACUCCAGGAUUCACUCGGCGGAAACUCCAAAACAAUGAUGUGUGCAAAUAUAGGACCUGCAGACUACAACUAUGAUGAGACCAUCAGUACCCUUCGCUAUGCCAAUAGGGCUAAAAACAUCAAAAACAAAGCCAGGAUCAACGAGGAUCCUAAAGAUGCCCUGCUGCGUCAGUUUCAGAAAGAGAUCGAGGAGCUCAAGAAAAAGCUGGAAGAAGGUGAAGAGAUCUCUGGCUCUGAUGGCAGUGCGUCAGAGGAGAUGGAUGAAGGUGACGAUGAAGGAGGGGUGGCAGGAGAUGGUCGAAGGAGAAGAAGAGACAACAUCAGUUCAAAUUGUGACUGCACCUCCGCAGUGCCACUGUCCACUGAGGACAAACCUCAGAAUAAAGAAAGAGGAAGGAAGAAGGUUUCCCCAGACAAGAUGGUGGAGAUGCAGGCAAAGAUUGAAGAGGAAAGAAAGGCUUUGGAGGCCAAGCUAGACAUGGAGGAGGAGGAGAGGAACAAGGCAAGAGCAGAGCUUGAGAAGAGGGAGAAGGACCUUCUUAAAGCCCAGCAGGAGCAUCACCUCCUGCUAGAGAAAUUGUCGGCUUUAGAAAAGAAGGUGAUUGUGGGUGGGGUGGACCUCUUGGCCAAAGCUGAGGAGCAGGAGAAGCUUUUGGAGGAGUCCAACAAUGAACUCGAAGAGCGUCGCAAGAGAGCAGAGCAGCUGCGGAAGGAACUGGAGGAAAAAGAGCAAGAACGUUUGGAUAUAGAAGAGAAGUAUACUAGCCUGCAGGAAGAGGCUCAAGGAAAGACCAAGAAGCUGAAGAAAGUAUGGACCAUGCUGAUGGCUGCCAAAUCUGAAAUGGCAGAUCUGCAGCAAGAGCAUCACAGAGAAAUCGAAGGCCUCCUCGAGAAUAUCCGCCAGCUGAGCCGAGAACUCCGGCUCCAGAUGCUCAUCAUAGACAACUUUAUUCCCCAGGAAUACCAGGAGAUGAUAGAGAACUAUGUGCACUGGAAUGAGGACAUUGGAGAGUGGCAGCUGAAAUGUGUGGCUUACACUGGCAACAACAUGAGAAAACAGACCCCUGCUCCAGACAAAAAAGAAAAAGAUCCAUUUGAGGUGGAUCUGUCUCAUGUGUAUCUAGCCUACACAGAGGAGAGUAUGCGGCAGUCGCUGAUGAAACUAGAGAGGCCCAGGACCUCUAAAAGUAGCAAGAGUGGCCGUCCCAAGACGGGGCGAAGGAAAAGAUCUGCAAAACCAGACGCUGUGAUCGAAUCCCUUCUGCAGUGAUGACAGCACAGAGGAGAGCCCCAGUGCACUGCAACUCUCGUGUUACCUGAAAGAAGCUGUUGGUCCAGUUUAUGACCAAACACUAUCUAAAAGAUUAUCUGCAUACUUUAAAUAACUCAUACGGUUUUACAUGUAAAAGAGUUGCACCUGUGAUAGGACUUUAGACUUCUUGGCCUGGAGGACCUGUUAUAUGUAUUGUGGUAUUUUUAUGUUGCUUUGGGACAUAUUUCAGCUGCACCAUAACCAUAAAAAUAUACAUUUCUCUUUUGAAAAUGUCUUAAAUCCUGACAGAAGCUGACAGAAACAGAGCUGUGAGCUUCUAAACUGAUUUCCUGCGAUGUGACCAACUGGUUUGUGUUAAGUGGCCCGUGCGGAUAUUAAUGUGUUAUGAUUAAUUUCUGAUUGCGUGUGCAAUUUCACAGAAAUCAUUUGGGUAAAAGGUUAAAGUAUUUAAAUAAUUAUAUACACGAAAAGUUUGCUUUAUACUCGUUCCUGUAGGUAAGGAGCAUAGGAGCAUGCAUGUCAGUCAACUCUUACUGCUAAUAGCUAAAAUAGGAAAGUCAUCUUUUUAUUGUCAGAUGUCAGGACACUGUGUUAUAUUAUUAUAACGAGAUACUACAUGCAUAUGGUAUGCCUUAGUAUAAUGCACUAGUAAGAAUUUUUGUGAAGAUGAUUUCAUUUCAUGGUGUUUUAUAGUGGAGGCAAAAUGGCUUUUAUUUGGUAUCAUACUGUAUUAUCAUACUGUCAACUGUUUACAAUCUCUAAACCACUGGGUUUUUUUUCUUUUGGGGGGGGAGGUGUUAUUUAUUAAAUUAUUCCACAUGUUUUAUCUCA